AUGGGAUCCAAGCGGUGCUUCCGCAAUGGUGGAGACGUUUAUUUUGGAGAAGUCCAAGAGCUUGAGGAUGGAAGCUGCUUGCGUCAUGGUUUUGGGCAUCAGAUCUUCACUGCCAAAGCAGCAGAAACAGGGGAGGAGGUGAUCUACGGCCAGUACAAAGGCAGCUGGCGCGCGGAUCUUCAGACCUCUGGCAUUUUUGGGUGGAGUGAUGGCACAGUCUAUGAAGGCUUCUUCGUGGAGGGCCGUCCGCAUGGCCACGGGCGCAUGAAGUGGCCCGAGGGCUCGGUCUACGAUGGCAACUGGCAACGGGGCGAGCUGCAUGGCCAGGGGACCUAUAUUUGCGGCUUCAAACACGUGGAGAGCCACGGCAUUUUCUGGCGGAACUGCUUGCGGGAUCACAAUGGCCAGUGGGUGAACAAGGUGAAGCAAAGGGAAGAGCUACGAAGCCAGCAUUUGAGGAUCAACGCCUACCCUGCCAGCAAGUUCGUGAUCCCUGUCUAUCGGUGUAGUAGUCGUGAGAUUCUUGACCGGGCCUUAGCCGCCUCUCAGGAGCCGCCCUAUCUGAUUCCAUUUCUGCUGGCGACCCACUCGUGCUCUUCGGGAAGAGCGCCACCUUUGGACUUCGUGGAGGGAGGUGAUCUGGGCUGCAAGGUGGACACCACGGUGCACCUCGGCUAUGCGGCGCAAGAGAAGCUGCGGGCGCGGGAUACCGAUGUGCUCUUUCAAAAGGCGAUGGCAGCAGCCCUGCGCACUGCGCGGCCUUUGACGUUGAUUUGGGGUGAUGAUGAGCCUGGACCUUCCGGAGAGGCCCCACCCAUGGAUGUUUGGGACCUGGACAAUUCGCAGCCGGUUCCAGACAAAUGGGCGUUGACGAAUUUCCUCUCUCCAUUGGUCUUGCCCGCCGACAUCUUCGAUCUCAGGCAUUUCCAGUGCGCUGGCCUCGCUGAUUUCUUCCUCCACCGCGACGCCAACGACGCGGUACCCGAGGUGCCCGACGUGGAGCCAGCGCAUCCGGCCAUGCAGCCGGCGCCCAUUCUCUACUCGCUGAAGGUGCUGCUGAUGUCUUUGAAGCGGGUACCCAAUGAAUUUGAAGACGAAUCAAUUAGACGACAUUUGCUGGGACGCUUCGGCUUGGCUCUACCUGUCCACCGCAUUGCGGCCUUCGUGGCGUGCGACAUGUGA